CCGUGGAAUUCGAGCCGUGUGGCCCCGAUCCUUGUGGGUCCCGGCCCUGUGGAUCCUUCGCAACACCGAAAUUCGCCGAGCCAUCUCCCUUCCUCUACCAUAUCUGACUUGACUCGCGCUCUCGCGUCUGAAAAGCUAAAUGUGUUCCAAAUUAAGCCUUACCAGGUUUACAGCUUCGCCAUUAUCAACAACCCACAGGCCUAUCCUCUCUCGCAUAACAAUGGGGAUAUACUCUAAUAGGAAAUCUCGGUGGCUCCGCCAUCGGGCAGCAUCCAGUUCUUUCUCUUACUUCAAAAACUUCCUACCGCCUCGUAUGGACCAAUGGUAUCCCUCGAAUAGACUAUUCAUUACCCGAAGGCUUGUGGCCUAGAAUUUCAAGGGUCAUGUCCUUCUCAUAUAUAAAGGAUGGAUCCCGCCCCCCUUUGCGCUUCUGGUAGAGAUCCAUAAACAUUCCCACGCUCGUCGUGUAAUAUCCUGAGAUACCUUUCCUUUUACAUUCCUCAAGGAUAAAAGGAUAAUAAAUCAACAUGGACCCCUACGAAGUGCCCACUACGGAGGGCCCGUCCAUACAACCUAAUAAUAAUCAAACCGAUCGAGUCGACCAGGCCGACCGAGUCGAGUAUGGGGCAAUCAUCCCUGGCUCGCUGGCUCGCAAGCCUACAAACCCAUUAGCUCGAACUUCUACCAAGGAGACAAUUCGAGAUCCGAACUUGGAUAUCAACUUACCCUACCGAACACUCUCCGGCGACGCCAACCUUUCGGAAUAUACCACAGAAGUACCCAGUGGUCAGAUACCCGGCCCGGUAGAACCAGAUGGAGAGCACCGCUACAAACUCGUCACAUUCGUGCCAAACGACCCCGAGAACCCUAAGAACUGGUCGAAGGCAUAUAAGUGGUACUGCACCAUGGUCGUGGCCGCGACAUGUUUCGUCGUAGCCUUCUCGUCCAGUGUCGUCACGCCCGAUAUUGCUGGUGUAGCCAAGGAAUUCAAUGUUAGUGACGAGGUUGCACUGCUAAGUAUCACAUUGUUCGUCGUGGGAUUCGGUGUCGGACCUAUGAUAUUCGCACCGCUAUCUGAAAUCUAUGGAAGACGAAUUAUCUAUGGGACGACACUGCUAGUCGCCGUGGUCUUCAUCAUCCCCGGUGCUGUUGCGAAGAACAUUGAAACUCUCCUAGUUGCUCGAGCUAUUGAUGGUAUCGCCUUCUCUGCGCCUAUGACGCUGGUCGGUGGUACCCUAGCCGAUCUCUGGAGAUCCGAGGAGAGAGGUAUUCCAAUGGCUGCCUUCUCCGCCGCUCCUUUUAUCGGUCCUGCUGUCGGUCCUCUCGUCGGUGGUUUCCUAUCUGAUGCCGCCGGCUGGCGUUGGCUUUACUGGAUUCACUUAAUCCUCGCCUUUAUCGUCUGGGUCCUAAUCACAUUCACCGUCCCCGAGACGUACGCGCCCACGAUCCUAGCCAAGCGAGCAAGGAAGAUGCGCGAGCAAACUGGCCAACCAGACUACGUUACAGAAGAAGACAUCGACAAGCGACCCCUCGGUGAACGGCUGGCGAUUUUCUUGAUUCGACCUUUCCAACUUCUCUUUGGAGAAUUGAUCGUCUUUUUAAUCAGCCUGUACAUGUCCGUACUAUACGGCCUGCUGUACAUGUUCUUCGUUGCCUUCCCUAUCAUUUUCCAGGAAGGCAAGGGAUACUCUGCCGGUAUCACCGGUCUCAUGUUCAUUCCCCUAGCUAUCGGUGUCAUAUGCUCGGCCAUCUGUGCUCCCCUGGUUAACGCACACUACCGAAAACUCAUCGCUAAGCACAACGGCCUUCCCCCGCCGGAGCUACGUCUUAUCCCCAUGAUGUGCUCCUGCUGGUGCAUCCCCAUAGGUCUGUUCAUCUUCGCCUGGACAUCGUACCCCCGCCUCACCUGGGUCGGCCCCGCUCUCGGUGGCUUCCCCAUCGGUUUCGGCUUCAUCUUCCUCUACAACAGCGCCAACAACUACCUCGUCGACGCAUACCAGCACCAAGCCGCCUCCGCCCUCGCAGCCAAGACAUGUAUCCGUUCGUUCUGGGGUGCGGCCGUGGUUCUGUUCACAAACCAGAUGUACGCGCGUCUAGGCUACGAAUGGGCCAGCACACUUCUCGCGUUCCUCAGUCUCGCAUGCUGCGGUAUCCCGUUCCUGUUCUGGACUUACGGCCCGCGCAUCCGGCAAAAGAGCAAGUACGCCUACGCCGGCGAGGACGACGAGAAGGUCGCCAGCGCGAGCGAGGGCAUCGGCCCCGUUGUUCGAGAAGACGAUUCCGAAGAUCAGGAUUUAAGACGUGCGAGGAGCUACGUCAGUAACCCUUGA